AUGGUGGAUACAAGAGGAAAGAAGAAGAUAAAGGAGGUAGAGCCGUCGAGGGUGGCCAACCGUAUAGUAUUGAGUUGGAUUCGAUAUCGAGACCUGUCCAAAAACCGGAAGAUACCGAUGAUGGGUAUCUAUAGUGGUAUAUGGGACGUACCCACUCGAGGAUCGUCUGCCCCAGUGUUGCUGACCAGGAGAUACACCACCAUCUUAGUCAUGAUCAGCUGUGAAGCUCCAGAUUUUGGCACUGUGAUUGAGCACCCUUAUGAUGACCACCUUGAUCUUCUUCUUGGAUUGCGAGGGUUGCUUAGAGAGUACGAUGAGGCGACUCUAUACCAGCCUCCACCUCAGUACUAG